CCAAAACUUCACGGCGCGCGCAGCGGACAUCUCCAAACGCGACGCAAAAACCUCGUCUCGUCACUCUCAUCAAGCGAAGGAGGUUGUCACCCAUUGCGCUUCCAUCAAAGCAUCCAAAGGAGAGCGGUUUGGUAGUUGGGAGUCAGCGCACUAACCAGACGUCAUGUCAAUGUUGCCUUCUUUCGGGUUUACCCAGGAGCAAGUAGCGUGUGUGUGUGAGGUGCUGCAACAAGGUGGGAACCUUGAGCGUCUCGGUCGUUUUCUGUGGUCCCUUCCGGCCUGCGACCAUCUCCACAAGAACGAGAGCGUCCUUAAAGCAAAGGCCGUCGUAGCCUUCCAUCGCGGAAACUUUAGGGAACUUUAUAAGAUACUAGAGAGUCACCAGUUCUCUCCGCACAACCAUCCGAAGCUACAGCAGCUGUGGCUGAAGGCCCACUACAUUGAGGCUGAGAAGCUGAGAGGGCGACCACUGGGAGCGGUGGGGAAGUACCGAGUGCGGAGGAAAUUUCCUCUGCCACGCACAAUAUGGGACGGCGAGGAGACCAGCUACUGUUUCAAGGAAAAAUCCCGCGGUGUGCUGCGGGAGUGGUACACGCACAAUCCCUAUCCAUCUCCUCGGGAAAAGAGAGAGCUGGCUGAGGCCACAGGGCUGACCACCACACAAGUCAGCAACUGGUUUAAAAACAGAAGGCAGAGAGAUCGCGCAGCGGAGGCUAAAGAAAGAGAGAACAGCGAGAACAACAUCACGGGCGCUAACAAACAGAACCAGCUGUCGCCGCUGGACGGCGGGAAGUCCCUGAUGUCAAGCUCGGAGGACGAAUUCUCGCCCCCUCAGAGUCCUGACCAGAACUCCGUGCUCCUGCUCCAGGGUAAUAUGAGCCACCCUGGCGCGUCCGCGUACCCCAUGACCGGCCUCGGCGCCGCGCAGUCGGUACACGGCAUGCAAGGACACCCACAUCAGCUCCAGGAUUCAUUACUGGGAUCUUUAACUUCAAGCCUAGUGGACCUCGGUUCUUAAGGGAAUAGCUACAACUUGAGCUUUUAUUUAUUUUUGUUUAUUUUGUACCAAAUAUUGACUGAGAUAUGCCACUUUUACUGUAUAUAUGAAAAAAAUGAACAGUGUAAAUCUAAGUAAAAGUCCCAGCUUUUCUCUGGUUUUCAGAGGGAAAACUCAGUGGUACGCGUUACCUUUGGUAGGCACGGACUGACAUUUGCCAAGUCGUUAAACUGGUCAGAAGACAAACCAAAAGCAGUUAAUUAAAGCAAUUCUUUAAACUCAAGUUCUUCUAGCAUUUCAUCAUGUAAAGUAGGCCUACUGUUUUGCACUAAUAAAACCCGAGGCUGAAGCAAAAUCAGUCAAAAUGUUGGCUACCUAAUAUUUUGGGGGUAGUUUUCGGCAUAAACAUAAAAAAGGGAUUCAAAUAUAUUUACAGAUGGUGCGCCAGCUUUUUGUUUAACAGC